AUGUCUUCGCGAAGUACCCCCUCCGAAAGCGACCUCCUGGAUGAGGAGAUUGCCUCACUAAAAGCCCAAGCUGCCGCCCUGCGCAAGAACCUCAAGAUCGAAACCUCUACCAUUCUUUCCGCCGCUUCGACUCAUACCAUUCUCCAGCCAUCUGCCGUCACCCACAACCUCAGACGACCGAACCCUUCCCGCAAAAAGCUCCUCGCCGAGUCCGACAAGCAGCGCGCCUACAUCCAGCAAUGUCUCCAUCGCAUCUGCAGCUCCGUCACCUCCUUCAAGGUCCAUGACCCCGACCCUCAUGCCGUUGACGGUGGCCACAUCCUCGGCCUGCGAUUCGAAAUCAUGUCCAGAGGCCAGUUUCUGCGGCCCUACUACGUCAUGCUCAACCGCCCCUACUCCGGUUCCAAACACCUUCGCAUCCACCGCCAUACACUCCCCCCGGCCAUCCCCAUCGCUGGCCUUGCCGCACGUCACUUACCAGCUCGAAGGCCCGGGAGUGAUGAGCCUCCGCAACACGACUUGGACCGAUUUGUGAGGGCGUUGAGGAGGGAGAUUGUGCGCUAUCACAACCGACUAGGUGUCUCUGCCGACCUUCGGCGCGGACUGGGACUCCACGAUCAAACUGCCGAGAACUUGACGGCAAACGAUAUUGUGGAUGUCGGCAUCGCAGAUAUCGAGGCCAAACAGAUUCGAUUCACUUGGGCGGAUGAGAGAAGUGGGAGAGUUGUCAUGGACGACGACGGGAAGGUGUUGAAGCUCAUGGUCUUUGGGAAACAGGGCCGCGAUUGGGAAACUACCAAGGAAUUAUACGGCAACUACGAUCGCAUCGAAGAUGUGGCGAAAAGGCUUCAGGAGUAUGCUCAAGGAUGA